UCGAGUAAUUUAUACAUAAAAUUCUCAUCAUUAAAUAUUAUAAAGAUAAAUCGUAAGGUGUGGAAAUAAAGAAAACAGAACAUCUCUUCUCAACGAGAUGAGAAAAGAAAAUAGCUUUGAUUGAGGAGGAUGUUAAAUUUGACCCACUACCCUUCCGAUUCCCAUUUCUAUCGGACAAUUUUUAGUCCAUUCACAGAUUCUUCUUCCUUCUUCUUCCUUCUUCUUCUUGUGUUUUGUGACCAAUUUGCUGUCUUUUCGGUUUCAUACACCCACCAGCUCCAACUUGCUACGUAAAUUCAUUGUGAGAACAAAAACAGGAGAAGCAAGCCAGGACUGAGAUUUUUAACCUGCAGCACAGCGACGAGAAGACCGUCUUCCUGGAUUUGAAUUCCAUAUUCCAAGAGCGGGAGGCGGAGAGCGAGUCACUCCUAGCUACACGUUGGAAGGUGGAAGGAGACCCAGUUAUGGCACCAAUCAACGAUGUUGAUGAAGAAAAAAUGGAGGUUGCCGCACCCCAAACGGCUCAUCAGAUUAGCAGUGAUUCAUGGUUUCAAGCAGGUUUUGUCCUUACCACUGGUAUCAACAGUGCUUAUGUACUGGGAUACUCAGGUACUAUAAUGGUUCCUCUUGGUUGGAUUGGUGGAGUCGUUGGUUUGAUUGCAGCUACCGCCAUUUCAUUAUAUGCAAAUUGUCUUAUUGCCAAGCUCCAUGAAUUUGGUGGGAAGAGGCAUAUCAGAUACAGAGAUUUAGCAGGCUUUAUAUACGGUAGGACAGCAUAUUCUCUUACAUGGGGAUUACAAUAUGCCAAUCUGUUCAUGAUUAAUGUGGGAUACAUCAUCUUAGCUGGUCAAGCCUUGAAGGCUCUUUAUGUCCUCUUCAGUGAUGACCAUGUUAUGAAGCUUCCCUAUUUUAUAGCCAUUGCUGGCGUUGUUUGUGCGUUGUUUGCAAUAUCAAUACCCCAUUUGUCAGCUCUAAAAAUAUGGCUGGGAUUCUCAACUGUUUUCAGUUUAGUAUACAUCAUUGUGGCAUUUAUACUGUCUCUUCGGGAUGGAGUUAAGACACCUGCAGAUUAUAGCCUUCCAGGAUCGUCAACUAGCAAAAUUUUUACGACAAUAGGAGCAUCUGCAAAUUUGGUUUUUGCCUUCAAUACAGGGAUGCUUCCAGAAAUUCAGGCCACAGUGAGACAGCCUGUAGUGAAGAACAUGCUAAAGGCUCUCUACUUCCAGUUCACCGCCGGAGUUUUGCCCAUGUACGCGGUUACUUUUAUUGGAUACUGGGCAUAUGGAUCUUCCACCUCAACUUAUUUACUCAACAGCGUAAAUGGUCCUAUUUGGAUCAAAGCAGCAGCAAAUAUAUCUGCUUUCCUUCAAACAGUCAUCGCUUUGCAUAUAUUUGCCAGCCCAAUGUACGAGUAUUUAGACACGAAGUAUGGGAUCACAGGAAGCGCACUGAAUAUAAAAAACUUGUCAUUCAGAAUAGUUGUGAGAGGAGGGUACCUGGCCAUAACCACACUGAUCUCAGCCAUGUUGCCUUUCCUUGGAGAUUUCAUGAGCCUUACAGGAGCAAUCAGCACAUUGCCACUUACAUUUAUACUUGCAAACCACAUGUACCUCGUGGCAAAGAAGACCAAACUCAAUUCUUUACAGAGGCUUUGGCAUUGGUUGAAUGUUUGUUUCUUUGGCUGUAUGUCUUUAGCAGCAGCAGUUGCAGCUGUAAGGCUCAUAGCAGUAGACUCUAAAACCUACAAUUUAUUUGCCGAUCUAUGAUCAAACUUCAUUUUAAUUCAUGUUCAUCGAAAUAUCUCAGUUUCUUCAUAGAUAGGCUGCUUUCUCUUCCUAGUCUUAGAGCUUCCACCAGAUAGUAAUCAUAAUACCUAGUGUGGCCUACCUUAGAUUACAAUCUGAUACUUUUGUCAUUGUUUUCAAGUUUUUUUUUUCCCUUUUCAUCUUCUGUUGCAUAGUUUUGUGCUUUGUAUUGAUGAAAAAUGGAAUAUAAUAUAUAAAAGAAAACAUAAUUGGCUU